AUGAGAAACAAUCCCAUGGGAAAGGGCGAUUCAUGGAACAGGAUCGUGUGCAACGUGAUGCGGGUUACUCCACAAGCCCUCGAGUCGUUGGCAACGCUGACCUCGCUGUCCACGGCGCGAUCGGGCCGCGAGGUGCUGUCGGUGGCUGCGGUGGGAGGAGGAGGAGGGCACAGCCUCGAGUUGUGUUGUGUGCUCGCAUCAUUUCUGCUGGGCGCGGGCUACAACGCCCUCGUGGUGUCAGGCUGCGCCGGCCGACCGCUCUGCCUACACGAACAAACGCGCUGCCGUCCUUAUCUGCCGUCGCCGCCGCGGCUCCAGGAGUGCGGCGCGAGGAACGAAGAAAAAAGCGGCGAGAGCGCGCAAGGGGCCAAGUACAAGGUGAAGCCGCGCAAGCAGUUUCUCAGCAAGUACAUAAGCAGCGUGCAGCAGCAACGCGAAAACCAAAUUAAGAGGCAGCUGGCUCUGCGACGCGAAGAAGAAACCAAGCGGAUUGCGGAGGAAGAGAAGCUCCCUGAUGAUGAGUUGGAAGGUCAGAGAGUACACUACUGGGUGCUGCUGCUUCCCGGCGACUGUAGGCCCGACCUCAAAGAGCCACUCUUUGUUGAGGCCGCGUCGGGAAAGCCCUAUCAGGUCAGCGACCAAAAUUAUUUCACUAUCGAGUACCUGUGGAACAACGAGAACUUCUGGUUUUGUUCGCAAACAAACGAGAGAGAAUUUGACCUGGAAGAUAAUAAUAAGUGGAUUCCUCUAAAAAAGCCGGGAGAUGCUUUUGAAAUACCGCUCUCGUGGAUGGACAGACUUGAGAUUUCGCAAAAAGAUUAUCAAAGGAGGUAUUACGGCGAGCAAAAGGAGACUUUGUACUUAAGGUCAAAGGUGACGAAAUUCUCGGAUUACUCUAGGAGCGACGGGUUGCACAUGGAAAUGGUCACAUACUCUGAUCUCAAUUGGGAGAAUGUUCUGAAGAUAUCAAAAAGCUUUAAACACAGAGAAGACUUUCUAUACCAAUCAGAAUAUGACGCUAAAACCAAAGUUAUCGAAGACUUUUACAACAACGGAAGAGGAGACUAUAUCAAAGAACACAAGUACAGCUUGCACACUGACGAGGAAAGGGAAAUUACGUUUUAUGGACAAUUUCACCCGCUCAGUUUGGAGAAGAUAAAAAUAUACAGGGAUUCGAUCACAGAGGAAUAUUUAGAAAACACAAACGAGCGCUGCAUCCUCAAGAGGAGGAUGAAAUUCGUAUCCGUAUCCGACGGAAAAUGCGAAAAUACUGUUGAGUGGACGGAGGAAUUCUUUACUGCCAACAAGCGAUCUCCAAAAGGUGCACAAAUAGCAAAGAGGAAAUACUUUCAUUUGGAAAACAAGAUCUUUCUCACAUUUCACAAAAACGAAGACCAACUCACUGCUGGCUAUCUCCACUUCGUCAAACCUGCAACCGCCAAUGGCAAAGUGGAGAUGUUCCAUAGCUAUGUGCCUUUUAAAAAUCCAAUUGGACUCCAGCAAAGUGACCACUCUGGUGAACGGGACGAACACAUUUUUAGAGAGCAACUAGCAGAUGAAAUAAAAUUAUUGGGGCACGCCCAGAAUCUGCAUUGCGAAAUUGAGAAAAUGUUAAAGAUUCUUGGAGCCCAGAGACAAAACCCUGGAUUAAAAGUGUCAAUGUUUGACGAGGAACGAAAUUUUGAAAUUGUAUCUCAAAUGAAAGAAAGGGAUGAAGCUCUGAGUGCGAAGCAAAUGGCAGAGUUACUGGAACCAGUUGAUUACACAGCACCAAUUCUUGCAAGGAAAGGAAAAAGCAAAGAGCUCAUGAGCGUCGAACAACUUUGUAAAGUUUCAGAAGAGAGCGUCAAUGAAAUUAGGGAGAGCGACGCAGCGACGAAGAAGUCAAUCGAAGCUCAGUUGAAAUCACUGUCAGAGUCGCUUGAACGGCGCAUUACGAGUGACCAGCGAAACCAGUCGCUUUUGAAUGAAAGAGAAGAGACAAAAAAUCUCCAGUUGAAAAUUGAUGCGUUGAAAACUCGUUUGACGCGACUGAAUAAGAGAAUGUGAAUAAAACUUUAAAGAUGUGCCUGUGGGACCAGUAAAAAAGGUAAAAGGAGGCAUUUUUUAUGAGCGGUGCCAGCUAAUUAAAAAAUCCAUCUCUAUAUUUAGAUCUUUUGUUUAUUUCGCGCUUAGUUUUAAUUUUGAAUUUUAACAAACACAGCUCAUAUAUGAAACUAGAAGCAUUCAAUGUGUCUAAACUGAUAAAAAUCUCGUACGUCUUUUUUAAUCAUAAAUUUGUCAUAGCUAGAUUUUUUAUAAAUCUCAUCUUGUCCAAUUUAUUCGCUAUUUGUUGAGUGUUCAGGCGCAGAAAAAACUGUUCAUUGUCAGCGAUCAGGUAAAAGCCUGGAAAAUAUUAAUAAACAAGACUAGCAUAUAUCGGGAUCCAGGUGUUAACUCUUAUCCUAAAAUACAAUAUAGUUUAAAAAUAAAAUUUGGUACGAACGA